AUGCGGCGGCAUCUUCCACAUCACAUCUUUUCCAAUGGCCACGUUCUCAAAGGUUGGUUGGUCGACUGGUGCAAAUUUGUUACUGGAAAGGGCCGGAAGGGCAAUGUCAACUUUGAUAUUGGAGCUCAAGAUGCCGUUGAUAUCAUCAAUGAUUUUAUCAAGAAGUUUGGUGGUAGCGUUAAGGUUGGGUUGGCACCAAGAGUAAGAUGCAGUGUCAAGGACACAUAA